AUGAAAGAGAUUUUUAUGACUCAUGUGAGUCAUGGCGCUGUUGGUGUUGCGAACGGUUCUGGUUACAUGAACUCUGACGUAUUCCCUCGAUUCAUGCGUCAUUUCAUCAAGCAAACCGGUGCUAAUGCCGAUUCGCCAACCAUGUUGCUGCUGGACAACCACGGUUCGCAUUUAUCGAUCGAGGCGAUAGAUUUGGCGUUGGAACAUGGCAUCACUUUGCUGUCUUUUCCGCCGAAAUGCACGCACAAAAUGCAGCGUGUAUUUGCACCAUUUAAAGGCAUGAUGACCGUGAAGCAUGAUGCAUGGAAAAAGUCCAACAUUGGUGUCACUUUCGAUCUGCAUCAUGUGCCGCUCCUUGUUAAUCAGUGCCUCGAUGUUAUGUUAACGCCGAAAACCAUCAAAUCCGGCUUCCGAACAACUGGCAUCUACCCGUUCAACCCGCAAAUUUUCACUGAAGUUGACUUUGUCGCUUCGGAACUGAGCGGCGAAAAUUUGUUCGGUGACGAAAAGAAAGACGCCGACAAUCAACGUCGAGUUCUUGCCUCUGGUGAUGCCAUUGUGACUGCUGCGAAUGAGGAGGUGUCAACGUCGGAGGCAUCGACAAGUGCCCCAGCAUCAACAAGUCGUCGUUGUCUCUUGUUUCGGCUCCACAGCUCCGUGAUGCAUUGA